AUGCCAUACAGUGAGUUUGCUGACUUGCAUGAGAAGCUCAUGCAGACACAUGCAUUGCCAAAGGACAUUCUGCCACCCAAGAAGAUUUUUGGGAACCAGUCACCUUCAUUUGUGAAAAAGAGACGAGAGGAGCUGGAGACAUACCUGAAGAACAUCUUAGAGUUUCUUCAAAACGUUUAUCCCAUAGAGCUCCUUGAGUUUCUAGACUUCCCAAAUGUGGAAACAGAGGGAAUCUUGGCCUCUUUGGCUGAGCAACUGUAUACUCAAGGAGAUUUUCUUCUUGAGGCCCAUGUUCCUUUUAAGACUUCACCUCUUAGGUUACAUGCCAUUUCAGAGAGACUCCAUCUUGCCUGCCCCCCUUUUGGGUACCAGAAGAAGAGUCAAGACUUCAGUCAUGUCUUGGACUAUGUAUCUCAAGUUGCUCAUCUACAUGAGAUCCAGGUGCUUCGCUCUCAGAUGAAGGAACUAUGGGAAUUGAUUCUCUGUGAUGUUGUCCAUCAAGAUCCUGAACCCCUGGAAACUCGAGAAGUCUUUCAAUGGUUACAGGUGCACACUGCAUCAUUCAUUGGGAAUGACAUUGAAAGCAUUGAUGCCUCAGUUAGACUUAUGCCUCGCCUGAAGUAUCUAGAUUUGAGCUGCAAUAAGAUUACCCAGUUGGAACAUCUGACUGGGAUGCCAUUCCUGGAGGAAAUGAAUCUCUCAUACAACUGUCUCACUCAGCUGGAUGAUUUGCACACCAAAUUGGUGAAGACAGGAGCAGCUCUUCAUGCUGCUGCUAUUUCAAGGAAACUCAAAAGGCCUGAGGCAUUUCCAGUUAUAAUACUUCGUGUAAGAAAGGCCGUUCUGCCUCUGAAGCUUUAG